AUGGACACGCCAACCUCGACAAGCACUCCUCCCCGGUCGUCGUCGCCGCAAGCCCUGGGUAGCCAGGGGACGCAGCACCAGCCUCUCAGGGAGCUGAAUGACAUUGGCAAACUCAUCAAAUCUGUUUCGGGAGGAGACCAGCCGCAAGAUAAGCAACCAAAGCACCGGCAUAACAUUCGCAAAAACGCCUUGUACUCGGAUGAAUCGCCCAAGAUAAUCGGCAACCCUUUGUCGUUCUAUAGCCAGUUUCUGGAUCCCAUGGAGUCACGGUAUCACUCUGACGAGGAAGAACAAGAGUCCAAUGCUGCAUACGACCCAGAGCUUGACAAUAAUAACAUUGUUUCCGAAUUGGAAGGGCCAAGGGGGCCACCGGGACCGGAACAGGGAUAUGGGCGACUGGCGCCUCAACCACCACACGAGGAUCUUCAGCACCAGGAGUCUGCUACGCUGCAGCAAAAUGGGUCUCAGCUGCACGAUGAAAACAAAGUCCCUUCUCCUGCUGCUGCUGCCUCUGAACAACAAGGCGCGAGGCGAAGCGAAACAUCAACACCAAGAACAAGAGUACCAUUUAGCCACACUCAAACAUUCACUAGCUUCCUUCCGUCCAUGUUCAGUAGACCCGGACAAAACCAGGACGAUACAGGAGCAGAGUUUUCCACUCCGACGCAAGAGCAGCCGCAGCAACAGCAACAGCAGCAUCAAUAUUUUGGUGAUGCAAAUAAGCAUGAGCCGAACCGGUACCAGAGGAUCAAGAACAAAUUGAGAUUGAGAAAACAGCGAGAAAGACGCAAGCCGAGUUACUUUGCCCACGAUGAGCUCCACGAUGAAACCGAAAAGGCGAGAAGAGACCGAGCUCUGAAGUUGAUAUCCAACUUGUCCUUGGGCGGCCCUGCUAUCAGCUUGAUGGGAGUUUGUCUUUUAGAGGACGAAAAGGGAAUAGCGAGAGCGCCGCUCUUGCUAGCCUUAUUGGGACUUCGAGUCUCUGAUGUGUCGUCUAGCGAUACAGUGGCAAACAGGAGAUUCCGCAUAGACUUGGAGUACGGCGUGGGCAUUGAAAGGAUGUCCUGGAGCAUCGAAAGAACAUCAAGGGAGUUGGCUAUGCUAUACUACCGGUUGAGGGUCCAAAACUGGUUAAAGGAUCUUCUGGGAAAGAAAAUCACGAUUCCAAAGUACCCCAUGCCGCCGAUGAAACGGUUGGAAAAGGGCAAGACAACGAGCAGUAGGCUCAAAAAUGUCAUUGGAGACUCGCAAUCACAAAGUCGCGUUCCCGCAAACACCAAUGCUAAUGCUAUUGAUAACGACAACGAGUCAGUCAACUCAAACAGGUCGGGAGUAUCGAGAUUGACGAGAGUUAGACUGUGCAUUGGCAGCAUCACCUCUGCUGUUUCGCGAGAUCGUCGCGAAAGAGACCACCUAAUCCAACUGGGGGGAGGAAACAGGAACCAGACGUAUGUCAAGGAAGUUGAAGUUUACUUGAACGAGCUAAGUGACUUGGUCGAUUUGGCUCCCCAAUCAAACAUUUUAUUUGCGUUUUUUGAGAUUUCGCCAUUGUCAGCCUUGUUGAGUUACGAGUCAGGAUACCAGGGCAAGCAAGGUGGAAUCCACAUAAGUGGCACAGCUAAAGGGCAAGGUUGGCGAGUAGGGCACUUUAAAGCAGAUGAUCUCAAAGGAAUGUAUGAUCGACGCCUGGACAAGUGGAUGCUUAUUAGACACAGCUAUAUCACCUAUGUUUCCAACAUCAACUCGACAACGCCCUUGGAAGUGUUUUUAGUGGACUCUGACUUGAAAAUCACCAGCAAGGGAACCCAGCUAUUGGAAGAUGACGGCAACGAUUUUGACGCCAACUCGGUCAAUCAAAAGGAUUUGCAAGAGAUUCAAAAGAAGGAGCAUUCGCAAAUAUUUGCCCAUUUGAAGAUAACCCUUGAGAACCGGGAGAGAAAACUUGUUAUCAACCCAAGAUCAAGGGACUAUGUGUCGUGGUUGGAUUCUCUCAAGCAGAUGCAGCACAAUACAGAGUGGAGCCAGAAACAUAGAUUCGACUCUUUUGCUCCCGAGAGAUCCAACUGUUUUGCCCAGUGGUUUGUUGACGGCAGAGACUAUUUCUGGGCGGUUUCAUCUGCCAUGGAAAUGGCUAAGCAAACUAUAUUCAUUCACGAUUGGUGGCUCUCACCAGAGCUUUAUUUAAGAAGACCCGCCAACGGGAACCAGCAGUACAGAAUCGACCGGCUUUUGCAAAGAAAAGCCAAAGAGGGUGUCAAGAUAUACGUGAUCAUCUACCGUAACGUGGGCACGACUGUGGCCACUGACUCGUUGUACACCAAACACUCGCUCUUGUCGCUAGACGAGGAAAACAUUCAUGUGAUAAGGUCCCCCAACCAGCUCUUGCAAAACACUUAUUUCUGGGCACAUCAUGAAAAACUCUGCAUAGUGGAUCAGACGUAUGCAUUUUUGGGAGGAAUCGACUUGUGCUACGGAAGAUAUGACACCCCAGACCACGCCUUGACUGAUGAUUCGCACUUUGAUUUUGAGCACUUGAGCUCGGAAGAAGAACUAACAAAGGAAAAAUACCUCGAAUUCCAGACUUUCCCUGGUAAAGAUUAUUCUAAUCCUAGAGCAAAAGAUUUUUUCGAACUUGAAAAACCCUACCAGUCAAUGUACAACCGUCAAACCACCCCUAGAAUGCCCUGGCAUGAUAUACACAUGUCUUCGUAUGGCAAGAUAGCGCGAGAUUUGUCUAGACAUUUUGUCCAAAGAUGGAACUAUUUGAUUCGACAAAAGCGGCCCAGUCGUUUUACUCCCUUGUUGAUACCGCCUCCGGAUUUUCUUGAUGAAGAAGCCGAGAAGCAUGGUUUCCAAGGCAGCUGCAAUGUCCAGUUGUUGAGGUCAGCAGGGAAUUGGUCGUUGGGAUUGAAGGAGCACGAGCAAAGUAUCCAGAAUGCAUACUUGAAGUUGAUUGAAACCUCGGAGCAUUUUGUCUACAUUGAAAACCAAUUCUUUAUCACCUCGUGUGUGAUUGACGGGGUGGAGAUCAAAAACAAGAUCGGGGACGCCUUGGUAGAUAGAAUCAUCCGUGCGCACAGAGAGGGGACAAACUGGAAAGCAAUCGUCAUCAUUCCCUUGAUGCCUGGUUUUGAAGCGCAAGUCGAUCAACCAGAAGGCUCUUCCGUGAGAGUCAUUAUGCAGUGCCAGUACAUGUCCAUUUCGAGAGGUGAAUCUUCAAUUUAUGCGAAAUUACGAAUGCGCGGCAUCAACCCGGAGGACUAUAUUCAAUUCUUCUCUCUCAGGAAAUGGGGCAAGAUUGGUCCCAAGAGAACUUUGAUUACUGAACAGUUGUAUAUCCAUGCAAAGUGUAUGAUUGUUGAUGACACCUCAGUGAUUAUCGGGAGCGCCAAUAUAAAUGAGAGAUCCAUGAGGGGACUCCGAGACUCGGAGGUGGCGGCCGUGGUGCAAGAUCAGGAACGAAUCGACACAAAAAUGGACGGCAAGCCGUUCAAAGCGGCCAAAUUUGCUCAUUCGUUGAGGAUGAGAUUAAUGAGAGAACACCUUGGCAUUGCAUUGGACGUGUUGGACGUUGUCGAGCGCCGAUUCCAGAGAAUCCAGGAGUUUGCCGAGACCAGCGAAGGGUUGAAGCAUGCAACAACCAAAUUCACCGUACCGGAGUAUAGGCGUCUUUCCGCCAUGGUGGAGAUUGCCUCGCGGGAUGUGCUCAACCAACGCGAGGGAACUGAAAGGUGGAAGCGGUACUGCGAGCUCUCUCAAUUGGAUGAAGAAAUUGGCAAUUUUGAUUACGUAGAAGAACAAUCGGAUCUUCCUCCACCGUUGUUUUUGCCCAUUUCAUUCAACAACAGAACCGGUCCGUACGAAGCAAACAAGGGAGUUCGCGAUAAGAAGAAGCACUCGUAUGAUAACAGGGUGCAGAAUAGCGUUGAGCACAAGAGGGAUGUUUACGGAAACGGUAUCGACAAAUACCGCUCGACAUUGGCUGCCCAGGCCAGAGUCACCAGUGGGGAGUUUUUGAAAUCGUUGUCGUUGGAAGUGAUGGAGAGCAUGAGUCCCAAAACUGCAUUUAUACCUGAUGUUGAAAGCGUGAAACAGUUUUUGGAGUCGGACGAUUCACUCAUUGUAGAAGAUAUGGAUGAAGAGUCGCAGCGGAUAAUCAACGAAAGAAAUGAGGAGAGAUGGCUCUUGUUGAAAAAGAUUUCGUACUUGCAGAGAGUGGCCUCGAGAGAAGAGAAAUUUGCUGGCCACGAGAACAAAAAACGUUGCGAGGCUGGAUUAGAGCCAAACCCUUCGUCAUCGAAGGAGUUAUUUGAAGGCGACACAAGUGGAACAAACAUUGUCGAUGGGAUCACCUCUAGCGAUGGGGUUGGUUCAGAUUACGCAAAGGACAAGCUGCAGGCCACGGUAACGUUGACCGACUCUGCAGUCAAGGAACUCAUUGACGGGAUGAGUUUGCCAGAGGCAAAAGUGAGCAAUUAUGUGGACCCCUACGAUUUCGAAGAUCCGAUUGAUUCCGUGUUUUACGAAUAUGUUUGGAACGAGCACGCUAGGAGAAACACCGAGCUUUUCCGCAUGGUUUUCCACAGUCAGCCCGAUGACGCUGUCAGUAGAUGGUCCGAGUACACCAACUUUUCGAAAUUGCAGAGUUCUUUCAUGAAAGCGCAGGAUGCUGAUGCUUUUGCAAGGACUUUUAGCAACCCAAAGUCGGGGUCAGAUGAGAAUAAACUAGAAGCUCUGGAGAUGAAAUCGGCCAACAACGUGGUAAGAGAAACCCCGGACAGAGGUGCUGCAGAAGAACGACAAGCAAGAGGAGGAGGAGGAGCAGCAGAAGAAAUAGAGGAUUACGGGUUGUUGGGAAAAGUUCCCCCUAGCAAAGAGCACAGUAAAAGUACUGAAAACGCGGGCAAAAAGAGAAACAAGUUGGCGCGAAGGAUGAGUGCAAUUGCUGGCAACGUUGAGCAAAAAAUCGAUGAGCGAUUGGAAUCUUCUGAGUCCGAAGGUGAAGAAGAAGAAGAAGAAGUGGCAGAUGGCGCGAGAAGAAAUAGCUUGAUGGAUGAAAGGGACGAGGAGCCCGUUGCCAACGGUGGGCCGGAGGCGACUCCAAACGGGUUCAUUCCGACAAGCCAGCAGCUGCACCUUGGACAACCCGCGCUGGGGGAUGACACAACAACUGCUUUCAACAAUGUCGAGAAUGACUUCAGUACAACCGCGGUUGAAGAGAAGAUUGACCAGAGGAACUCUAGUAACGGCGAGCUGCAGCAGCACGUGAAGAAGAACAGAGGAGGGGCGUUUUUAACACGGAGAAAAAUCCAGAGCGGGGAAGCCGUCUACGAUAAGGCUACCGCGGAAAAGUUUUUGGACGCCAUCCAGGGACAUCUCGUGUACUUCCCCACUGAAUGGUUGAGCACGGAAUUGAAAAACAAUAACUGGUUCUACAACACUGAUAGGUUGCCGCCGAUGGAGAUUUACGAUUAG